CUCAUUUGCCAUAAGUUCAGUAAACACAGGACGUGCAGGUGUCUCUGCAGCAGAAGCAUCAGCCUGGGUACUGUUUCACUGUUGGACAUGGAGUACUUUAUCCAUCACUAAUUCAUCACAACAGGGCAAUAUGGUAAGAAACUGUUAUUAGCUAUUUAAUUUGAGAGCCUUAUUUUAUUUAAAGAUAUAAAAAGUAGUACUUUGUGACUCCUUUAUAGAAACUCACACUUCUCUUCAUGUGUGAGCUGUUUGAUUUUGGCCAUUUCCUCCUGACCAUUGAGGUGUCUUUGACAAACGUGACUGCUGUGGACAGAUUUAACCCUAACACUGUGGGUAAAACCUCAGUAUCUAACUGUCUCAUAACUUAAUUUAUUCUCUUAAAAUCACUUUUAAAUACUCUAACCAGGUUUAUAAUUCUAUAACAUAUGACAUGUUAAGACAGCAGAUCCAAACUAAAACGACAGGGUUGUUUUUCAGUCUUACUUUUCCUGUUAGAUUGUGUUUCUUAAAUUGAAAGAGGAAGUUUCAGUUGGAUGAAAGAAAUCUUUAUUACACACAACUAUCACAGGUUAAUGAUUAACAGUGUACUCAGUAACUCUUUACUUUCCCGUCUAUCCUUCUAGCCUCUUUUACCUGGUUUUUAAGCCACGAUAACUAAUGUGUGAUAUUUACCGUUUUAUAAACAACCCUGUGUUUCUUUAGGUUUUGUACAUACUGGUGUGUACAAUAUGCAAAGACUUUGACCAUCGUGACUUUAAAACUUCAGCAUGGGCAGAUAACAUAUUGUAUUUGCAAAAACAUGCAAACUAUUCAUAAACAAAUGUAUACAUUGAAUGUUUGUUUUUCUCUCCUAUACAAAGCUUGGUCUGUACAGCGUCUUUGUUCGCAGGUAAAACAUGUCUGAUAAGCUGCCAUGUUAAGUCUUUAUAGAGGGAAAAUCUUGGCUUUCACCCAGUCAAAGAUUAUUACAAAAAUAAGAGAAAACUUUAUUCAUGCUAAUUUAUUUGACUUUCUUUAUUUGGUGCAUAUUCUCACAAUUUUCUGCAGCACACCUGCGCAGCUUCACUCUGUGGUAAAACUUUUAAAACAUCUGUGUUAAUGCGUCAGUCUAAAGCAGGCAGCGCCUGACAUGCAGCGGACCCCCCUUCAAGUGUGUGUGUGUGUGUCUUGUGGUAAGGAGGAUAGGUUUUUGUAAGUUUCUUUUGCUUCUUGUAAAAUGAGAGAUGUCUGCACUGCAAGCUGAGCUUUCAGCUCAUUGGUGCAGGAGCAAUAGUGGGGGAUAGCGUUUCUAUGGAAACCGCCACAGAAUGCUAGCUGAGGUAAAGAGAUGUGUGUGGUUGUAAGAACUUCCUGCUCUUCUUCACAACCUCUCUUGCAACCUUACAUUUCCAGAAAUACAGACGGUGGAACUUCCAAUUCAAACCAUCGUGUUUUAGAUGUUGACAGAAUGAGAACUGGGAGAGUUCGGUUAUGAUAACACCUUUUUUCCAUAUAAGUUUCGUUCUUAUGUUUGAUCUAUGUGUUUCUCUUUUAAACUGCCUUUCUCACUCUGUCCUCGGUCGCUGAACCCAACAACAAUAGUGCUCUGAAGACAGAAUGACAUUAGGUUUCUUACAAUGUAAUGAGAUUGAAUCUUGAUUUUCUCAUCUUUAUAAAAAACAAGAAAAAAAUGUGAUCUACUCCUGCAGAUUCAUUGAUUGUUAGUUGAAUAUUGACAUUAUCUCUGCUUGUUCACUGCAUUAGCUCAUUUCUUUGGUUAGUUCCUCAUUCAAACUGAUUUGUCAGAUUACACAUAAUCCCUGAAUAACACUGCAGAGACUCUUUAAACUGAAAGCAUUAGUCCUGACUAUCAUUACUAUAAUUCUACCAUAAUGAUUUCUUUGUUAAAAACCGCAUUUCUUUAUUUUUUUUCUUUUUUUUAAACUGGUUUAAAUGGUUAUUUGAGUCAAAUGUUCUGACCGUUUAAUCCAAAUCACGAUAGCCCGGUACAUUAUAGUCCUCUUUAAAGCAUUGGAUUUAGGCAGAGGUAAUGUGAUGUACCCCGUAGAGACAUUUCUUUUGUCAUAAUAAUGUGUGUCUUAGUUGUGAGAACAGGUAUAUGGGUUUUCUAGAGAGAUAAAUGUUUCUUAUAUACUGGACCAAGCUUUAUGCAAGUCUCUCAUCCACCCUCUUGACAGUCAUGCACUCAUCAGAACCAGCCGUGCAGCUCUGUUUUGGAUCUUAUUUAGCUCUUGUCUUGAAGCGCUGAAACAGAUACCUGUACAUUCAAUCACAGUUCAGUCUGAGCAAACAUGAGCUCAGAACCAUAACAUUUACUCCAAGCUUGGUGACUUAGCUCCUUCUUUUUUUCUGUGCAGUACCCAAUAGAUGGUGUCGUGCUUUAAUCCCAGAUCUAAUGAAUGGUACUGAAUCAAAUGUGUCAACAGGAGAUCUGUUUUGGUCCCCAAAGAAAUGUGAGGACAGGCAUUCUUCCCACUACUUGUUGCUGGGCUGGGAUUUGCUGUAAAUGUGUAAAUGUUUACUGUAAGCUCCUUACAUCUGGACCAAGUUAGCUCCAGUAAUCUCUGCUCUGCUAUUGUUGCCCCAAAGUCAACAGGUGAUGAAAUUGGCUCUCCCUUUGACCUAUUUUCUCUGGUUAAUGAGUCCAGAGUGUGUAAAAAACAGAAACAUAAGUCCACUGCUUUACAGAAACACAGAAAUCAGUCAGCACUCAUCUCCUGUAUUGUAAGGAGGGAGAGCACAUAUGCAGCUUUAUAACGAGAGUGGACAGAGGCCUGAAGGCACAAAUGUUGAAGUGAUUGCGCCCCGUACUGGGAAUAUGUGAUGAUCAGUAAUUAUAAUUCCUCGUAAUAAUAUUCCUCCCUAACUCAGCAGUGGCUUGGUGGCUGCAUAAGUCUGGUCCUUCCCAAGAUUUCUGCCUGUUAAAAGAUCGUUUUUCCCCGCCACUGUCACUCAUAUCAGAUGAAAUGAGUAAAUCUGUCUCAUCUUAUGGUUGGGUCUUGAUCAUUCAUCAAACAUCUAGACCUGCUCUUUCUCUUUGGAAAGCGUCUUGGGAUGACGACUGUUGUGAAUUUGCGCAUUAUAAAUAAAAUUUGAUUGAUUGAUUGAUUGAUUGAUUGAUUGAUUGAUUGAUUGAUUGAUUGAUUGAUUGAUUGAUUGAUUGAUUGAUUGAUUGAGUAAGACACGUUGUAGAUUCUGAAUAUAUAUUUUCAGUUAUCAACUUUCUCGCUGUUAAAAAUAUAGACCAGUCAGUUCCUUCAAAAAUCUGUAUAGACAUUGAGGCCUGAUUUUUUAAAGUUGGACUCAGUUAAUAGUUUUCACCGUGUACAUUUGCUAAUCACUGCAGUGGCACACCUGGAAAAUUACUCACAUUGACUUGUAUCUAAAUCUGAAUAACUGAAGAAAUCUUAUUCAGUGACAGUGUUUCAUUCUCCUUGUGGAGUGUGGUGAGGUAGCGCCCUCUCUUGACCAGCCGCCUCUUCAGGUGUGUGACCUAUGACAGAAAAAAACAGUCUUCUUCUCUCGGGGACUGAAAAUCGACUGAGGUCAACCAUAGGCUGUGUGGCUGAGAGCUGGUGUUUCAGUUCAGCUGACAGGAGCACAGCAGGGACUCAUAUGUGCACUUUUCCUGUUUGAGGUUGUGUUUUGACUAAGGACUUGUUCAUUUAAAGCAGGAAUCAGGAAAAGCAGCUGAAUGGGUCUAUGACAUGUAAUCCCAGAGUUCUUGAACAGACAGCAAACUAAGCACUGUUAAAACUCCAUAAAGCGAUGUCUUCAUAAUAAAAGUCCCUGUACAUAUCCCCAUGGAGAUACUUUUAUUAUGAAACAGAAACAAAAGGAAAUCUAAUGUUUUUAACAGCUGACAUUGACAUGACUUAAAUAACGACAAUAUAUUUCUCUGCUCUCACAGGCAGACAUGACAUGACCUUGAUUUGGGAGAUGUCAGUGAAUUUACAGAGGUGACCACAAAACUAUACAGGCUGAGAAAGGCAGCAACCUACACAUUUUUCUCUUGAAGCACAAAAUCACAAAAUAUUUAACAUACAGUAGGUCCAGAGCAGCAGUGGGUUUUGUAUGAAUAUUAUGCAGUCUUGUCAAACAUCUACAUGCCUAAGUAAAAAACAAAUCCCCACUUUAUGACCGUGUCACUCAAAAAUAAGUUAUAUCAUUUAAUUGAAAGAAGAACUUACAGCAGAAAUUUGACAUGAAAUUGCAUAACAUCUUAUGACAGUGGUUCUUUUUUUAAAUGAUGACCUGUUCCUCGACGAUCACCCGUCUAUAAAUACAGAGCAGAGUUACUCUGUGCCGCAGCAGGGUGCAGUUUUAUGCAGUGUAAGAAACCAGACAGGAAAUGACUUCUUAACAUCCAGUUUGAGAAAAGCAAGCAAAGACGCUGACAUCUGAUCACAAACUGAAAACUGGUCGAGUAAUUGAAGUAAAUGCCAAUAUCUUCAGUAAGUGGAAUUAAUUUAUAGCCCUUCACUUGUGCACAAAAAAUGAAUUAUUGAUACAGAGAAUAAUAAUAAAAAACACUGCAGUAAAAACAACAAAUUCAACAUUGACUACAUAACAGAAUUCCCCAUUAUAAAGCAGGUUUAGUUUAUAUGAGUGACCUGUAAGAAGUGGUGGGCAGAAACUAAUCAAAUUCACUGACAAUAGCUUUUUGUGUAUUUGUACUUUUUUGAGAUUUUUUUUUAAUUAAUCAGAGAAACUUUGUUUUUACAAAUCCAACACAAUUUUCCAAUCACAGUGAGGUCGACGGGGAACCACAACCUGAUGUCCAUCAAUGAGUAAUCUACACAACACCAGCUCAGAGACAGAGCUGUGAAUACAGUAGGCAGGAACUUUCUAUUAAGUGAAAUACGACUUGAAAAGAUUCAUGGUGUGUUGGUUUGAAAUCUGAUCAAAGUUACUGUACUUUCACUUGAGCUGAUUAUUUUAGUUCUCUUUCUACCUCUGCCUGUAAGUCAUGUGACUGCUUUUAUCAGUUUUGGUUUGAAUGUUACAACCACUUUGAAACCCAAAUACAGAAGAUGUAAACAGGACUACCAUCAUGUAUACAGUACAUCUGCUUUAAAAAGACAGUGUAGAGAGUUACCUGCUUUGUCUCGGCAUGCAUCAAAUGCUCAAUAAACACUAAAAUAACUCGGAUCUAAAGGCAGAGUUAUAAAUAUGAAACAAGAAAGUCUCAGAUAUUUCCUCACUGUUUGUGAUGGAUGGCUGCUCACCUGUCUGUACGGAUCUGCUCAAGCUUUUUUGCACCUUAAAUAAAGGUUUUCUUCCUUACUGUCACUAAGUGCUCGCUUGUGUUGCAUUAAUGAUGUAUCUUUGUAAACAAUAUUACAGAGAAUACUGUAAAUCUGCUCUUUGUUUAAAACUUUGGUUAGGAUUGGGCAUUUUAAAUCUAAAGGUAACUUGACUGAUUGAUUAAAUUGAAUCUCUGUAUCAGAUAAAUUAAUUUAGCUCUUUAAAGCGUCACCUUGAAGAGUUUUGAUAAACCUGAACCUCAAAAGAAAGUUGGUCAGAAAUAUCAGUUUAUCCUCUGGUAUGUAAAUCAGUCUGGUAGUAUUUAUAAUAACUCCUGUUUGCCAAUCUUCCUGUUCAUGAAGCUCUCAUAAAAGUGUUUUGCACAGAGUCAGGGGAGGAUUUUCACUUCUGUAGAGAUCAAAACAACCAGGAAGCUGUUGUUGCACAGUGUUUUCUCACUUUGUAAAGAUAGCAUGGAGGUUUGACGGGCUGUGCGUGUGUUUGUGAGCGUGGGGGGCAUGCCUUGCUGUGCUGCUAACUUCCUGCUUCUGAAACAGAGUUGCUUCACUUCCAGAGUUUGUGUGUCUGUGUUGUUCUCAGGAGGAGAGCAUCGAUGUCAAGGCCUUGAGGGCCCGCUUCAACAACAAGGCCAGCACCUCGGACAACAGCAGUCGGGACAGCGGCUCCCCCAAGUCUCCAAGACCAGGGUUCGGGAGACCAAUCCUGCCAGUGACAGAGAACGAUCUGAACCAUCACAGACUGUCCCCUUCAGUUCCUCCUCCAUUGGCUGGUCCAGGCUUCGUGAAGUUCCCCAGAUCAGAAGUGAUGGCGGCUUCAGCACCUCCAAGAUCUCCUUUCCCGCCUAGACCACCUCCAAAUCCUGGAAGCAGAGUGCCAGUCCAGCCGACAGACACUAGUAACGUCAAGCAGACUGGGGAGAUGCUACAGAACAUGAUGCUGAGACAUCAGAGACCUCCAGGAACUAAAUCAGCUCCUGCUCCUGUUCCUGCUCCUGUCCCUGCUCCUGUCCCUGCUCCUGUCCCUGCUCCUGCACGUCCUCAUGCCUCCACCCCUUCACAACUCCAGCAGCAGUCCCGGCUAAGGAGCACAGGGGAUGUGACCCCGCUGAGAAGACCCUUGCCCCCGGAAGGACCCUUACCUUUAAAACCCAAAAGGCCCCCUUAUGUGAACCUGGAGCCCUUCCUUCGGUCGAACCCAGUACCAGCUCUACCUGGACAGAGAAAGCCGGACAGUAAGUCUCUGAGUUUUAUUUCUUCAGUUAUUUUAGUCUUAUUCAGUCCACUUUGGAGGGGACACACCCAGUUCCUAUAGUUGAGUGAGAGUUAAGUGAGUGUCUGUCUGUCUGAAUGUUUGUAAAGGCUGGAUCAUUGAGCUCUUUUUCACAUGAAAAAAGAUAUGACCAAAGUUCUGCUAGUUUAAGAAAAAACUCUAAAAAAAUCUUAAAAGUUUGUAAAUGAUGCAAACAAGCAAAUACAUUCAUCUCUCCUCUGAAGGAACAUUAUUAUUCGUCAUUUGAAGGAAAAAGCAAAGCGUAUAAACAACAUUUGGUGGUUUUUAUUUCAUUAUCCUUCUCUUGUGCAUGUCAUGGUCAGAACACUUAUACAAGACUAGAAAAUACUUCAGCUUUUGAGUAAGACAUGCAUCUUUUCUGACUUGAAAAAUCUGAAUGACAGCUGAGCAAAAAAGUCCCAAAAUAAAGCACCAAUUGUGUUAUUUUCCAUUUAAAAUUAUUUCCUCAUGUUAAUUUGAGAGAGAAAAUUAUUUUAAAUAGGACAGUUGCAGAUUAUUUUUGUAGUUUUUUGAAGAAAUGAAAAGUUUGCAGGAAACUUUGGUUGAUAAGAUGAUACAUUUACGAAUCUAAAUGUAACUGUGCAGGUAAAAAUCAAAUCAUGAAUUCAUUACAGCAGCAUUUAAAGAGGACAUUUUUGGCAAACCAAAGUGCUCUUUAUCCAUAAAUAGAAAACUGUGAUUAAAAGCAGUAAUAUCAACAUAAACAUGUGGGAAUUUCUCUAAAUAAAGACCUUUUUUUAACUCUCUCAGGUUCUUCAUUUUCAGCUGUUGGAAAGAUUUCUUCACCUUCACCUGUCAGUCCUCCAAAACUUCCCCAAAGACCCGUCAAACCCAGGCUGCCGCACCAAGUUGCCUCAAUGUGAGUGUUUCAUCACUUCACGGGAUGCUGGAUUCAUCACACUCUGUGGAUGUGACCAACAGGAUAGUAUACGCAGAACAAAAAAAAGGAUUAAUUCAAUUUUUCCAUUUUUCCAAAACUUAUGUAAUUUUAAAACAAACUACUACUCCUUGAUGAAAUAAGUUUAGUGUUUCCGUCACAGCUGUCAUGUUUAUAAUCUGGCAGACAGGAAACUGAGAUAUACAGUCUUUUCAAUAUAACAGUUAUGGGGCAAAUAUACUUUUGGAUUCACCCUAUUGAGGAUAAAAUGUUCAAAGACUACAAGUCAAAGUUGAAUUUAAAAAAAAGAGCAACAUGCAGCAACAUUUUUUAAAUGUUUGUAGUAUCCAGGUGUAAAGUUGCCUCACCACAAGCCAGGACAACAUUAUUUCACAGAUUUGACUUUUACCGUUACCUGACACAUAAGAUGAAAGCACAAUUACAUCAAAUCAUCAUUGUCGGGUGAAAAAUCAGGUCUAAGUAACGACUAGGUUAUAUUUUGAAGGAGGCUGGAAUCAAGUUUUAAAAUCAUUGAUAAAUCAAAGAUUGAUAAUUUCACUUUUUUUAUUAUUACGGCAGAGACAUUCAGGACGGCCAGGACACCUAUGAUGAUGUUGGGAGCUUUGAGAAGAGUGGUAAGUAUUACAGCCUGUUUACUUUUACAUUAAAGCAUGUACUUUAAUUUUACAGUUCUUAAUGUCUUAAACACUUUAAAAUUUAAAUUUAAAGCAUUGUGACGAGUAAUUUAUUUACAGCAUCUUACAAAGGAUAAUGGUCGACUAUUUAAAGAUGUAAAGCACACCUCUUCUGUCUUCAUUUCACUUCACAGAGUCCUGGAGUGACAACAGUUCACACUGUUUGGACGAGGUAAGGACAAAAAAAUACAGCAAAAAUGUAUUUUAAUAUUAAAUGUGAAGCUGUAGUCUGUUUCAAAGGAAUACCUUAUCAUGCUGGUAAAAUUAUACAGUCAAACUUUUAUUCAACACUUUACUUUUCUUCUUCCAUUGAUUAGUUUUCCUUGUUUUUGAUGUAUUAAUGGUCUCUUAUCCUCUAUAGGAAGAUGACGAGGUGUAUGAAUCUAUUGAUGAGUGAGUAUCUUUCUUCCUUCACCGUUGCGCUUUGGCGUCGUGACAGCUCUGGUGGUUAACAGCUCUACCGGCUAAAAGUAGAGACUGGCUGCAGCAGCAUGAAUAUGAGGCAGGGCAUUGUUCACAAUAUUUGAAAUGUCGAAUGUUAUUUUUACACCUACCGCAAAUACAUUUAAAGCAUGUAUAAAAACCACUAACCCUGCAGCCUCUACCAACAUGUGACAGAAGAAGUUCUCAGAUGUUUGUUUGUUUUUUUUAAUCUAUAUUUAUUUAGAAGUAGUGUCACCACAACAGUGUAGAAGAAAAACAACCAAAAGGUUGGUGGUUCAAUCCCCUGUCCUGGGGUCCUCAUAGAUAAAUGAGAGUAUUUUAAUUGCAAAAACAGACACGAGUAUCGUCCGCUGUUCAGAAUCUUUUGUCAAAAGUAGUCUUAUUACGCUGUCUCUGUUUGUAUUAUCUCCUCACUGUCUGUUCAACUUGCACCAGCUUUGAACAAACAACCUCCUCACCACUUUCCUGCCUGUCAGUUUGUACUUAAACUGGGAUUAAAACCCAGAAUCUCCCCACAGUGAGGGAGCCGUGCUGAACACCACGCUCAUGUGCCACCUGUCAGUGCUUAGAUUUAAUAUAAGGUCAUCUUGGUGGUUUGAAAUCAUGCCCAGCUGUCCAGUAGGAUGAAGCCAGAAUGAUAACUCCACACAGGACAAUCCCUUACCAUGUUUUGGGCCCCAAACCUGUUUAUUCUGAGGCAGCAAGCUUACAUCAAACUAAUGCACACCUCGGCAUUUUAGGUUUAUCACCUUAAAGCACACUCUGGUAACUCAAAAUCAUUGUCUGCUUUGGAGCCUUUUGCUCUCAGACGUCUCUGCAGGGCCCUGUGUCUUUAGUUCCAUCUCCUUACUAGAACAUCGUGAUCAUUCAAAAGUGUGAACUUUUUUUUCCAGAAGUAGAAAGUUUAUGAUAUCUUUGCUUUACACUGAUUGCCCCCUGCUGGAAUUCAACACUAAAAUGAGCUUUCUCUUCUGCCUUGUUAUGCCCACUUGUUCCUUUAUUUCCUUUAUACUACGAUAACUCAAAAGUGUGCUCAUUACUUAAUUUAGAGGCAGGCUCUACAUUCCUGUGGGCCAUAUUUACAAUGCCAGGUUAUACGCUGACUGCCUUUAAUCUCAAUGGCUAUCUAGGAGCUGUGCUCACCCUUCAUGAAUCCAAGGUAGUUUCAAACUUGUUUCCACAGCCUGUGUUCACUCUCUCUCCUUUCUGAUUUCUUUUUUAUACCCACAAUUUCCUUUUUCUAGCAGUAGACACAGUGCUCCAGCUUCAGUCACUUUGUUCAUUUGUUUGCAGUCAGACAAAUCUGUUUGGGGGCAGAUUACACCAUUUUGUGCCUCAUGAAGGAGACUCCACUUUUUGCACAGAUUAAGAGUACGGCACUUUCUAAAUCCUAAUUUUCUCAGACCGUUGUGGUACCCUUGAAAGUUGUGUCAUAGAGAGAGAAAAAAUUUAAAACUACAUUUCUAUUUCAGGUCGAUUAAGGCCUGUUUCCACGUUCCCCCCACACUUUGGCACCUGUGUUUGAUGCAUUGACUAAAUACAAAUCAAUAAUUUUCUUACUUUAUUUGCUGCCUUAAAGAGACCACGUGGAAUUAAAUCGAGCAAACGCCGAGAAGAAAAACAAAAAGGAAGAAAAAAAGCGACGUGAGCAGGAGAAGAAAGAGAAGAUGGAGCGCCAGAAAAAAGAAAAUGAGUUAAAGAAGAACUUUCAGGUCAAUAUCAAACAUUUAUUCUUCACGAAACUCUGAGCUCUAUCUAUGUUAGUUCAUCAAAUAGACUCUCUUUUGGCCAAAUCUGGCAAGAAUGAUGACAAGUAUAAAUGAUUUAUCUAUUGCAUCUCCAUCCAGAGUGUUAUCCAUGUGGAGUGCCAUCUUUCAAAGCUCUGUUUGUCCUUCUGUAGUUACAAGGAGAAGUGGAGGUUCUUCAUACAGCCAGAGUCAGGCAUGACUGGAACGGAGGAGGAAAACUGGACCUCAGUGUUCGACAAGGGGAGAGUGUGGAGAUCCUCCGCGUGAAGAAUAACCCUGGAGGCAAAUGGUUAGCUCGCUCUCUGAACGGAACCUGUAAGUUUAAGCUCCAAUUAUGAUUUUCAAUUGAUUAAAAACCCUGAAGUCUGAACCUUCCCCUGUGCAUUAAGGGGGGGGUUUGACAGCUGUGCUGAAAAUGUGCCUUUCAAAAGAGAAGAUUCAAUUAUCAGUUCUUUGCAGGGUGACCUGUGGAGCCCAGUUCAGUCAAUAUCAGGCAGCAGUUCUGUGCUCAGGACGCCCACGGUAAUCAGUUUACUGCAGGUUUACACUCCCAUGUGACGAUGUGCAUGUUUCAAUUUGCACAGAAAUACUUUAGAUUCUGUUCAAACUAGGGAUAACUUUAUACCUGCUUGUGGUAGGAGAGUUGGUAUUUUGGCAAAAUUGGAGCUUUGGUUUUAAACUUUACUUUUGUAAAUUGAAAGAUUUAGGAACCAGCUUCCUGUGUAAGUUAGGUGUAUGUUUGUCUUUGUACUUAAGAGGACUAGUUUAAAUCUACAUCCUUAGAUCUUCAGAUCCUUUUUUCCUUUUAUUGGUUUCCUGAAAGAACUGUUAUCCACCAUGACUCUGAACGUGUGCAAACAUAUGAUGUACUUUUUUAUGCAGAUGAUAUUAACUCUAUCUGUCAAACUAAAAAAGUUCCAGCGGCCUGAUCCCUAACAACUUUUACACAUCUUUCUUCCUGAAGUUUUCUAUGAGCAUUCUCUAUAUCUCAUAAAUAACAUAACCUUUUUAUCAGACACAACGUCCUAAUUUAAGAAAACAAUAAACAGACUGAAGACAGUGAAGAAUUCAAGUAAGUUAAUCAGAGUAGAAUCACCUUGGCCAAGAAACUGAGGCUGAUUUUAGCCUGAACAAUAAAAAUGUGUUUAAAGUCACUUGAAUUUAUACUUUUUCACUACUGAAGGACAGGUCAACUAAAGGUGACUUUAAAAAAAUACAAUCUCCAAUUUUCAAAGCAGCUAAAUUGAGCAGUUUUAAGAUGUUUAGGUGCAGUGAACGGGCAGAUCUUGGUUUAAAAUCACUGGAUAAGAGUUGCUCAGUUCAGUCAGAGUUCUUGUAAACACCAGAGCAAAGAUCUGCAUGUUGAAAAUCUUGUGUUGAAACUGUGGGCCUCAUUCUUUUUAAGUCAUCCUCGGACCUCCUUCCUCUUUCUCCUGCAUUUAAAACCAUUUCACAAAUUCCUCAUGUACAAAAUAUGACUAAAUCACGUCAAAAGUGCUGUUCUUGUGACUGAUUCUAACAUGAUAAAUGCUUCAAAAAUCCAAUGUUAUGGUGUAAACUCUUUCAAAAAUAAUGACUUUUUAAUGAACUGUCGAUUUACAGCUAAAUAUAAAUUACUUUUGUGGUUUUAUUUUGAAACACAGUGAAAUUUUCAUACUUUAUUUACACUUUGCACGGGAUGAGUCUAUGCCCAUUCAUGCUCUGCAUCUUUCUACAUAUAAGUCCUUUUUUUCCUUGCUGUAUUACCUUGCAGACGGAUACAUCAGUAACACGUGUGUGGAUGUUGACUAUGAAGCAGUGAAGCGCAAAAUACUCCAGUCCAGAAAACCAGAAACAUCGGCGUUACCUCCACCACCUCCAGACCCUCCAAUGAUGAUCAACCUAGAUUCAAAUAACAGAGACAGGUUAGAUCCCACUUUGUUAUCGAAGCUUUGUUAUAGUGAAAUAUGAAAAAAAUACCAAGUUGAUUUGGCCUUUCAGUGAUUUAUCACUCUGUAAUUUUACCCAUAAGCUGAGCCUAUUGUGGUUGUAUUACCCAGUUUCACUCCAACAUGCUCUGAUUAAGAAUGUUUGUCUCUAAUUCGCAGCAUACUUGAAGAUGACAGUAAGUUACCGCCCACUCUCACAACUGAAAUUUAUUGAGAACCUCAUUUUUUGCUUUAUUUCCAUUCAUUUUUAUUUCUGUUUCGUCUGUAGAUGACUAUGAUGACGUUCAACCACUGUCUGAGGAUUUCCCCCCACCACCACCUGAAAUAAGGUAUUUACUCACAUCUGGUUUACGCAAUGAGGACAGGAUAUGAAAGUUUUAGAUGCUAGCCGCUUAACGCAGCUGACACUGAGACUUACUUUUGUUAAUGGAACUAAAAAGUUUAGAGAAGAGCACAAAGUUUACCUCUAAUAUGAAGUUUGCAUCUGUGGAAGAACAUCUGAAUAAAAGUCUCACAUUUAGUUCUAAUGCUUUUUGAGUAACUGUUAUAUCACUGUUUUUUUUUUCAGCAUAGACCCUAGGACUGUGAAGGAGCUAAGAAAAAAGUUUAAGGUAAAAAGUUUUUAUGCUGUCACAACAAUCACACAAGCUGUUUUUCAUUAUGGUGGUGAAAUAUAAUGAAAAAUGUACAGAUUGGAUCAAAAAGGGGCCUUGGUUAGCUCCCUGAGGAUACAUGAUGGAAGUAAUAAGGGGGGUAAUAAAGUAAUAUAAGGAGAAACACUACAAAGAAGGAUCUCUACAGUAGAGUAGUAUACCGUGCAAUACUGUGUGAAAUAUCCUGCAGUUCAAUGCUGCAAACUGGUCUCGUAUGCAUGACUUCCUACGCUUUACAUUUACAUGUAGCUUUUUCUUUCUUAAACACCACAUUUCUGAUAUUCUGCACUUUAUACCUAACCAUUUUAAUCUCUUACUUAGUCCAAUUUCAUUCUUAUUUGUAUUAUUGGUCUAUUAAUGUUUGUAUUUUCAAGAGCAAGUGUAACAAACAAAUUUCUCCCUGGAUAAAUAAAAUAUUCUGAUUGAGAUUCUGAAUUGUUGUUUCCAGUAUGAGGGGACACUGACGGUGCUGCACACCAUGAUGGUGGAUCCUAAUGCUGUCAUAAAAAAGCCAGGGGCAAAUUAUCUACAUGUGACUCAGGGAGAAGUCCUGGACGUCAUUCAACUCACCAACAGCAAAAAAGCUCUUUGCCGUAACCAGACUGGAAAAUGUAAGAAGCAUUUUAUAUUCUGCUUUUGAUGUUAAGAUUAAGAUUUACAAAACAUUAAAAACAAUCUGUGACGUUUCCAUGAGUCCUGCUGUUUUUUUCACAUCUGUUCUUCUUGUGUCACCCUCACAGAUGGUUAUGUGCCUCGGUCGCUUCUUCUUCAGAUGUAAGUGGAUCAUCAUUUCAAUACUUUUCUUUAAAACAAGCAGCAUUUCUUUAAUUCAGUGCCUUAAACUUGAAAGAUUCAUUUGAAAAAGUAUCUGUAGGCGGCAAAAACACAAAGACGAGUGAUGACUACAGACAAUAACUUUCUGUUUCAUACAUGCUUACAACUUUUAUUUUUACACAAAUUUUAGCUCUUGAUUUUAAAAAUUUGAUCUUCUCUUUCAGGGAAGGAGACAUUUAUGAUGACGUUGAUUAUGCAGAUGGUGAGUUUUCUUUGGAUCCUCUAUACCAAGCGUGAUUUUGUAAUUAACAAUAUCUACUUGAGGUCUCAAUUUUGAAAGUGUGAUCGAUCUUUUCUUUAAAACCCUUGUUUCAUUUGUGUUUCAGAUAUCUACGACAACGACUGAGCACACACGAUUUCUCACAGUAUACUAAACUAAACUCACAAACUUGAACAAAAAGAGAGGAAUACAGAUUAGACGAUAUCAAACUAUGCAAGAAAUCAAACUUAAGCAACAUAAACAAACUGUAUAUCCCUGUAUAUAUUUGCUUUAUUGGACUCCACUUAUUACAUUCAUGUAGACAGGAUUGACAUAGCCUGUGCCACAUGAUGUGAGAACUAACCCAUAAACAAACUUAUAAAAUAAAUACUGAACACAGACAUGCCUUGUGCUGAGAGAAACAAACUAGACAUAAG